AUGUUUUAUUUAGAUGUUUCAUACAAUCAACCAAAAUUUAAUGAAUGUACUACUUGGAAUACAACUGGAAUUAGUUUUCAACCAAAUUUUACAUUUAGCAACCCUUUUGGUAUUUUUAUUGACAGAAACAAUUCAAUCUAUGUCGGUAAUCAACCACUAUAUUACGUUUUUAUGUGGAGUAAUAAUGCUAUUCAACUAAUAAAAACGAUAUCCAUUAAUAAUGGCAUCAGUGGAAAUUCUAUUUUUGUUACAAACAAUGGUGAUAUUUUCGUUGAUACGAAUGGUGGAGUUGAGAAGCGGACAUUAUAUUCAAAUAAUAGUACUACUGUCAUGUAUGUUAAUUCGCUAUGCGUGGGUCUCUUCGUUGACAUUAAUGAUAGUUUAUAUUGUUCAAUCGUUUCCCUUAAUAUAGUUAAAAAAAUAUGGUUAGGUAAUAAUCCACUGCUAUCAGAAAUUGUGGCUGGAACUAAUUCUAGUGGCUCUAACUCGACUAUGCUUAAUAGUCCUCGUGGAAUUUUUGUUGAUGUUAACUUUGAUUUAUAUGUAGCCGAUUAUGGAAACAAUCGCAUUCAACUUUUUCGAUCGAAUCAAUCAAAUGGAACGACAGUUGCAGGAAAUACAUCAAUCGAGACUACGAUUACACUCUGGGGUCCGACUGUAGUUGUAUUAGAUGGUAAUGGUUGUUUAUUUAUUGUCGAUAGUAACAAUAAUCGCAUUGUUAGAUCAACUCAAAAUGGUUUUCAUUGUAUAAUUGGAUGUAAUGGAAAUAGUUCAGCGUCUAAUCAACUACUGAGUCCACGACGAAUGGCUUUUGAUAAUCAUGGCAACAUAUAUGUUACAGUUCCAGAGAGUAAACGUAUUGAAAAAUUUCUUUUGUUGACAAAUUCAUGUGAAACAACAACUGAAAUUAGUUCAACGAUGAAUAUCAACGACAAUUCCAGUGUUUCUUCAAUGAAUGUACAACAUGAUACUUCAACAUUUUCAAUAAAUCAAUUAACAACGAGUGAAUCGUCCUUAUCUUCAUCAUUCUUCGUUAUGCCAUUCUGUGGCAACGAUAACAUUGGUUUAUCUUGUAAUAUAUCAACAGCACCUUGUGAUAUGAUGCAACUUUGUGAAAAUAAUGGAACUUGUAUUAAUAAUAGUAGUAUUGUUGAUGGUUAUUAUUGUUCAUGUUCACAAGGUUUCAAUGGUUCAAAUUGUCAAAUUGAUAAUCGACCGUGUCAAUCAAAUACAUGUUGGAAUAAUGGUACAUGUAAUCAAACAUCAGACACAACAUUUAAAUGUUUGUGUAAACCAGAAUGGAUUGGUAUUCGUUGUGAAAUACAAAUAGAUUAUUGUCAGAAUGUUACAUGUUUAAAUAAUGGUGUAUGUAAACCAUUAUUAGGUGAUUAUAGAUGUGAAUGUCUUAGUAAAAGUUAUUCUGGUAAAUAUUGUGGAAUAGUUUCACAAACAUUAGUUGUUCAUCAAACAGUAUCAACAUCAUUUGAUAUAUUAAAAUAUUGUUUUGGAAUUGAUCCAACAAAAGAUCAAUUGAAAAGAAUUCAAAGAAGAAGACGAAGAGGACGAAUGAAAAAUAUAAAACCACCUCCACAAAUUCGAAAGUUUAUUUAUAUUAAUUAA